CGCCGCCGUCGCUGUGCCCCUGCGGUCACUCGGAGCGGCGUGGCCGAAGGAGUGGCGUUAUGACCGCUUUUCCCCUGGUCACGCCGUUUUCAACGCCAGUACAAUGGUGGCGGUUGGCCUGACCAUAGCGGCAGCUGGAUUUGCAGGUUUGUAGGCGACGGGAGGAUGCUGAACGCCCAGUCGUACUUACAGUUGCCGGCGUCAGUACUGAUGAAUUUUAAGGUCGCUAUGCACUAAAAGCUAUGAAGCAAAUGGAGCCACAAGUAAAACAAGCACUUCAGAAUCUACCAAAACCUGCCUUCAGUGGUUAUUACAGAGGUGGAUUUGAACCCAAAAUGACUAAACGAGAAGCAGCUUUAAUACUAGGAGUGAGCCCUACAGCCAACAGAAGUAAAAUUAGAGAAGCUCAUAGACGGAUCAUGCUUCUGAAUCAUCCAGAUAAAGGUGGUUCCCCAUAUGUAGCAGCCAAAAUCAAUGAAGCUAAAGAUUUACUGGAGGACCAAGCUAAAAAAUGAAUGAGAGAAAAUCAGAGGGUUUGUCCAUGCAAAUGAUUAUUUUUGAUAAAUGGCUGAAGAAAAGUUUUAAUGUCAGUCUUUGACUUAAUAUAAAUGAAGCUGCAAAUAUGAAUUCAGGGAGGUACUUCCCUCCCCACUCACUUCUUAGUCACUUUUGGGGGAAAUGUGCGAGUGGGAGGCUUAAAAGUUUUUUGCAUAGCUGUUUGUUAUUAAGCAGCAAAAUCUGCCACUCAGAAAUAUUUUCAGUGUAAAAGAAUAACAACUGGGUUGGGCCAAUGCAUGUUACCAGAUACAGGUAGACUUACAUGCUGUUACAUAAUUUUUGUUAAACUAGCUAUGUUUGAAGUUCACGCUGCUGUUCUUUCAUAUGCCAAAGCCAGCAUCAUGAAUUGGUUUGGGGAGGGGGUGGAAAAAAAAGAAGAGGAUUUAUUUGAUGGGAAGAAUUGAGACAGAUGUGUGAUGGUCUCUGACUGAAGAAAUAAAGUACAGGAAACAAUGUACACAGUUGUGUUUGCCUUGUGAAAAACAAGGUUGGCUGGGUGGGCUUCUUAAGUGUUACUUACUGAUGGGUCUGGAAUGUCCCAGCUAUUUUUAGUAACUUCCAGUUUUUAAUGGAUUUUAUAGCAUUUAAUAAAUUCUAGACUUGUAAAGUAAGUACUGUAGUUUUAUACAUUAUCUUGCAUUACAAAGAGUUCACAUAAGGUUUGUGUUUAUAGUAAUUAGGAAACAGGAACUCUUUACAAGACCAUCCAUGACACCUGAGCUGGAUUUAUCAUGCUGCAUGAAGUGUUAAUGUUAACCCAGCCCAGCAGCUGUCUUCGCAAGUGUCUGAAUUAGGGCCAAUGAGUUCUGUCAUACUCCAAGGAUCUUGCCAGUCUUUCUGCAACUACAGUAAAACUGCUGUACAGCAUGUUUAAGAGUUAACACCCAUCUGUUCAUGAAUACAACGGAUUUCAGAGCUUUCAUUUUUCUAGAAGUAACAAGCCUCUACUUCAGAGUACUCCUGUAAGUAGUCUUGUGUCCUCUGUGUAAACGUUGGCUGCCAUGUUGCUGCAUUUCUGUAGACUAGUUACAGGCUGUUUAGUAAGGAUUAUCUGAAAAACAGUAAGGAAGCGUUUGAUGCCUUCAGAAGAGAGGAUCAACUCAGUAACGUGAGGAUGAAAUGGAAAACAUUUAGAACCUAUAGAGAGAGGGGGAUAACUUUGCUUAAUACAGAAAUUAAAGGGUGGUGAAAAAAACAGCUAGAACAUUGCCAUG